AUGUGGAACAUAUUCGCUAACGAAGACCUCUCAUUGCACAUCGAAAAAAGGGGAGAAGAAAGUUCAGAAAAAAAAAUCAGGAAAAAAAAAGGGCUCGAAACGGCGACCAACAAAAAUGGACUGACCAAGUCAGGAUCCAAUGGUUCCUCCUUGUCUAAACAUGACAGCAAAAUAAAGGAAUUGAGAAAAAAUUUCAGAAAAAAAUACAGGAUAGUGCGCACGCAGUUAUUGAAGAUAAUCAAAAUUCUGAAGCAGUUUCCUGAGGUCGACGCAGAGGCAGAGGAGGAGAAGAAGAAAAGCAGCAAGACGGAAAAGGGCCAGGCAGCAAAGGACAAUGCUGAAAGGGAUAAAGUUCGAGGCGACAGUGUUCGAGGAGAUAAUGUUGACAAGGGAAAAGGCGGAAAGAAGAAGGAACAUGGGGAAAGGACCACUAACACCACCACCCCUGAUGGCAGUGACAACCAAACUAUAAUGGUCCAAGUGGAGCUCAUCAAAAAACUAAACAGGAUAAUCGAAAAAAUUGAUGUAGAAAAAUUGAAGGAAAAGAAAAGGAUAAAAACAAAGCAAAAUAAUAAAGGAAAAAAUGAAGAGGAGGGAUUAAAAAAUAAAUCAGCCAAGCAAACUUUCACCCCGAAGCCUUCUGUUGCACCUCCAAAAAAUGAUUCACACAAAAAUAACAUAAACGUAGUGAAAAAUUCCCCGAAAAAAAAAUUCCCCUCCAAAUCGGCAAAUAAUUUCCAAUACUUUAAUCCUGACGACAUGGGUGAAAAUGCAGGGGGGAUGAUUUUACUCCAGAAUGAGCAAAACAGCUUUAGGAAUGAGUACUUUAAAAAUAGCGCCAUGAAUGUUUACAGUAAAAAAAACAAUGGGGGGAAUGUUUAUCACGACACGGAUGACAUGGUAGUGACGGACUCUUAUAUGUACUGUUCUACCCUGAAUGCGGGUUCAAUUGGGAAGAAGUCCCACUGGCUGGGGGAUAACAUGAAUCAUGCCAUCACGAAUGAUAACGCUGGGUAUGGAGGAAGCAGUGGUGUGUACGGCGGCAGCAAUGGUGUGUACGGCAGCAGCCAUGGUGUGUACGGUGGCAGCAAUGGUGUGUACGGUGGCAGCAAUGGUGUCUACGACGGUAGCAAUGGUGUGUACGACGGUAGCAAUGGUGGGUACGGCUACAACAAUUUUGGAGGAAAUAACUAUGGCUACUCGCCCGUAAAUUAUAGCUACGAUAGUGGAAAUUACGACUACGCGGGGGGGAGCUUCAACUGCAACUACGGAGGUCACAACUAUAACGGUGGAAACUAUGGGAGCAGUACGUACAGCAGCGGACAUUACGAUAGUGGGAACUAUGCUAGCGGAAGCUACAACUACGAAGCGAAUAAUAACGGUCCCUUCAGAGUCAAGGGAAACCACUUCGCUGGAAAUAGCAACCAAGAAAAAGGCGCAGGAAACAAAAUAUUCUUUCAAAAAAUGGCGUCUGCAUCUUAUACGAAGAGUUUCAAGGGUGGAGUACCACCCCAUUACGAGCCCCAGAAUUUCCCCAACGUAGCGGAGGGGUACUACACACAAAACAGAAACAAUAAAGGUAAUAUGAACAAUAAAAAAAAGGGCUUUAAGUUUGCUAAGGACGAAAAGAUUAGGGGCUUACUGCGCACAGCAACGAAUGAAGACGAUUUGGUGAAGGCCAUCGGCUUUGCUAAGAAUGCAGGCCUCCAUUUUGAGGCCAAAUUGGGAAGCAAAAAGCUUAACAAGCUCAAGUUAGAGGGGGAAGACGGGGUUCCUUCGGAGGUUUGA